GGGCGCUGCAAGAAACAACAUGACUUAGGUAACUGCCCUGAGGUCCCAGGCAUAUCCAGGGCUGCUUCUGCAGCUGGCCUGGCCCUCUCCCUAGGUGCACCAGCCAUGAUGCAGCAGCUGAGAAUGGAGACCGAUGCCAUUGGGGCCGGCGAGGGGCCACAGCCGGCGGUGCCCUGGUCGACCUGGGUCACACGGCAGGGUUGGGUGCGCUGGUGCAUGUACUAUGUGCCCCAGAACUGGACCCAGUGGUGGAUCACAUCAAGCUGGAGGCAACCUCUGCAGCGUGUGCUGUGGAGCCUGGAGGGGAUCCUCUACCUGCUGCUGGCGCUGAUGCUGUGCCAUGCACUCUUCACCACUGGCUCCUACCUCCUGAGCUCCCUUUGGCCUGUUGUGGCCGCUGCGUGGCGACAUCUGCUGCCUGCUGUCCUGCUGCUGGUACUCAGUGCCCUCCCAGCCCUGCUCUUCACCGCCUCCUUCCUGCUGCUGCUUUCCACACUGCUGAGCCUCGUGGGCCUCCUCACCUCCAUGUCUCAUCCAGGCCAUGCUCAGGACUUGGACUAA